CGCAUACUAGUCUGGCUGGAGAGGAGGCACCACUUUUCAACGGUGAGCCCACACACAGCUCAUUCUGCAUACCAGCCCAACAAACCAAGCAGCACAAAUCCGAUUCAUUUCGCCCCCAAGCUCCAAUCCGGCGAAUUCUCAAGCGUGGUUGCCAUCAUCAUCACCCAGCAUGAUCCGUUUCAUACUAUUACAGAACCGGCAGGGGAAGACGCGGCUUGCCAAGUACUACGUCCCGCUCGAGGACUCGGAGAAGCACAAGGUUGAGUAUGAGGUGCAUCGGCUGGUCGUCAACAGGGAUCCCAAGUUCACUAACUUCGUUGAGUUCCGUACGCACAAAGUUAUCUACAGGAGAUAUGCAGGACUAUUUUUCUCAAUAUGUGUAGAUAUCACGGAUAAUGAGUUGGUAUAUUUGGAAUGUAUCCACUUAUUUGUGGAGAUAUUGGACCAUUUCUUCAGCAACGUGUGUGAACUUGAUUUAGUAUUUAACUUCCACAAGGUUUACUUGAUAUUGGAUGAGUUUAUUCUCGCCGGAGAGCUGCAAGAAACAAGCAAAAAGGCGAUUAUAGAGAGAAUGGGUGAACUUGAGAAGCUGGAUUAAGAAGAAAAUGUGUUGCCAGCGUGCGUGGGGAGAUAACUAAAGGCAAGAGCAAAACCCAUUACUUCUGCCAUGCCGAACAAUUUUCUCCGUUUGUACAAUUCUCUUGUAGUUGCUAUAUGAUUACCCUUGGUUCAUCAACUUCUGUAUGGCUGCUAUCUACAAAAAACUUUAUGAUGGUUGCUUUGUGGGGUUCGUUGCGGAUCAUUCUGUAACUAGGUGCCAUGGAAUUCCUUGCCAUCUUUGCCCAUUUCAUUAACAAUCAUGAUGGCAGUUUUUUUUCC